AUGACAUCGAACAUGCUACCUGGUCCUAUUGACGAGGUCAAGUUGAAGGCUCGUCUGGAAUUUCUGGACAACCUUGAAGCAAAACUUGCGACUGCUGUUCAAUGGAAAGAAUGCGAAUCUCCAGCUGAGUAUCAUAAAAUGCGUCGCGAGGGCACGAACGGAUUCAUGGCGCCUGUUUUGAACCCCGCAGCACGGUUAGCCAACGUGACUGGAAGAGAUGGGAAUCAAAUUGAGUUGAGAAUUAUCGCUCCGACUGAAAAAGCCAGCCGAGGAGUUUUGUUGCAUUUCCAUGCAGGUGGGUUCGUUAUUGGUAACAAUGCCUCAUACGAUACCUACUUAACGACGUUGUCCAGACGCUUGGGUCUGACAAUGGUCUCUGUUGAAUAUCGACUUGCACCGGAUCACUUAUUCCCCGCGCCUUUGCAUGACUGCGUCGAUGCAGCUCUGUAUGCUCUCAGUCCUGCAGGUGAGAAAGAGCUCGGCGCACCAUUGAAGAUCAUUUGUGGCGAGUCUGCAGGAGGAUGGCUAGCAAUUUCGACAGCUUUGUCCCUCCGCAGGGAUCACGGCAUUGAAGUGAAGUCAAAAUUGGACGCUGUUAUUUCCGGAUACGGCAUCUUUGAUCUCACACAUACACCAUCCCUUCUUGAGCACUCCCGAAACAUUGUUCUGAGUACAAAAGGUAUGAUGGAAUUUUGCGAAGCCAGUUUUAACCAAAUUCCAAUGUCCGAGCGGAAGAAUCCGCUUGUCUCUCUUCUUUAUGCGGACGUGAAGGAAAUGCCCCCGGCCUUAUUCCUGACUGGUCAGCUAGAACCUCUCAUUGAUGAUAGUGUUUUUAUGGCAGCGAGAUGGCAGCUGGCUGGAAAUGAUACGCAAUUGAAUCUCGUCCAGGAAGCAUGUCAUGCAUUCACUAUUAUUCCAAUGGGCGAUGCUACUGAGGAGGGCCUGGAUAUUAUUGUCAACUUCGUGCAGCAGAAAUCUAGCUAG